AUGUGUAAGCUCCGUGCGACACCCGCUCGCGCGGCAGGCGUCAAACGACUGGCCGGCGGCGGCGCGUCCGACACCCUCCCGCCGCGGCCAAUGGCGGCGCGGCCCGCCCCCGGGCGCGGGCGGGGGGCGGGCGGUGCGCGGGGGGCGGGCGGGGCGCGGCGCCGUCAGCCUUGUUUUUUCGUCGCACGAGGUGUCCGCUCCGCCACACCUCGCCGCGGACUCGCGGUCGCUAAUCUGGUUAAUGCGGAGCGCGGCCGCCUCCUUCUAAUUGGACACGUUUCCGUUCGUUCAUCAAUUGAGCUCGUUUUGACGAUAUCUUUUGAACGGCCGCUCUUCGAGACGAGACUC